CGCCAGCCCCGCUUCUCCCCACGGCGCGCCGCCAUCCCCGCGCACCUUCCUGCGCGCCGCCAGCCCCGCGCUUCCCUGCGCGCCGCCAGCCGUCAGCCCGCACCUGCGCGCCGCCAGCCCGUCACCGCUUGGAGACGCGCGCAGCCGCGCUUCCCUGCGCACCGCCACUCCAGCCGACAGCCGCGCUUCCGUGGCCGCGUCCACCGCCGCCAGCUCUGUGGUCGCGCCGUCAGCCAACCCAUCUGCCGUCGUGAGGUACUGAGGUUGCCUAUAUUUUCUUCCCCUUCUUGAAAAUGGAUCAUAGUUCUGACGAAGAUACAGAAAUCAGUGAUUCUGAGAUUGAUGAUUAUGAAGGAAAAAUUUAUGCAAGACUGAUGUCAGGAGAUUUAAAAUUAAAUAAGAAUGGAGAAAAUUACAUUUGUCCCUUCUGUAGCAGCAAGAAGAAGAAUUACAGUAAAAGUAGCCUGGUUCAACAUGCCUCAGGAGUCAGUGCAGCACCUAAUCGGGAGGCAAAAGAAAAAGCAGUCCAUCGCGCCCUCUUCAAAUAUUUGAAGAAUGGUCUUGCUAAAUCACCUGAACCAGGGUCACAUGCAACUCCUGUGGAGCCACAACCUCUUCAGAACCGAGACGAGAAGUUUGUGUGGCCCUGGAUGGGUGUCCUAGUUAAUGUGCCUACUGAAUGGAAGGAUGGGCGCCAAAUUGGAGAAAGUGGAAAUCGUCUGAAGGAGCAACUAUCACACUUUUGCCCACUGAGGGUCAUCCCGUUAUGGACUUUUAGAGGUCAUACAGGAAAUGCUAUUGUUGAGUUUGGAAAGGACUGGAAUGGUUUCAGAAAUGCGCGUACCUUUGAAAGUCACUUUGCGGCAGGAGGAUUCGGUAAGAAGGACUGGAUUGGAAAAAAGAAUCAAGGAUCCGAGCUCUAUGGAUGGCUUGCGCGGGCUGAAGAUUACAAUUCUCCAGGAAUAAUAGCGGACCACUUGAGAAAAAAUGGCGACUUGAAAUCUGUCAAUGAUCUUGCAAAGGAAGGAGCGCGUAAAAAUGACAGGCUUGUUGCUAAUUUAGCUAACCAAAUUGAGGUGAAAAAUAGGUAUUUACAGGAACUAGAAUGCAAAUACAGUGAGACAACUGCAUCACUUGAGAAGAUGAUGGGGCAAAGGGAACAACUUCUCCAGUCAUACAAUGAAGAAAUUAGCAAGAUGCAGCAGCUAGCUCGCAGGCAUUCUCAGAAGAUCAUUGAUGAGAAUCAAAAGUUGCGUUCUGACCUUGAGGCAAAAAUGAAUGAUCUUGAUGUGAGAUCCAAGCAACUCGAUGAGAUUGCAGCAAAAAGCGAUUAUGACAGAAGGAGCCUUGAGCAGGAGAAGCAAAAGAAUGCUAUCAAAUCGAGUCAUCUUAAAUUGGCAACAUUAGAGCAGCAGAAAGCUGAUGAGAAUGUGCUGAAGCUUGUGGAAGAACAAAAAAGGGAGAAACAUGCUGCGUUAAAGAAGAUUCUGAUGUUGGAACAACAAUUGGAUGCAAAACAAAAGCUUGAAUUAGAAAUACAGCAGUUGAAGGGCAAACUAAAAGUGAUGGAGCAUAUGCCAGGUGAUGAAGAUUCAGCGUCAAAGAAUAAAAUUAAUGAGCUGAGUGAGGCAUUGCAAGAAAAGAUAGAUGAACUGGAUGGAAUGGAGUCACUUAACCAAACUCUGGUUAUCAAAGAAAGCAAAAGCAACAUUGAACUGCAAGAAGCUCGCAAAGAGCUAGAAAAUGGCCUGCUUGAUCUUUCAGGUGGGCAGACACAUAUAGGAAUCAAGAGAAUGGGAGAGCUUGAUCUAAAAGCAUUUUCAAAGGCAUGCCAAAAGGAGCGUACAGAAAAUGCAGAAGUUACUGCUGCCUUUCUUUGUUCAAAGUGGGAGGCUGAAAUAAAAAAUCCUGACUGGCACCCUUUUAGGGUCGUCACAAUUGAUGGAAAGGAGAUGGCAAUAAUCGAGGAUGAUGCAAAGCUUCGAGCACUCAAAGAAGAACAUGGAGAAGAAAUCUAUGCAAUGGUGACAAAGGCGCUGCUUGAAACCAACGAGUACAAAUCAAAAGGCAGCUACCCUGUGGGGGAGCUAUGGAACUUCAAAGAAAACCGGAAGGUGACUCUGAAGGAAGCUGUCCAGUUUGUCCUGAGACAGUGGCGAACAAACAGGAGGAAGCGAUAAGCUCUCGGCUACUCAAUGCUCUUGGCUUUUUUUCCCCACCACCUGAUCCGAAAGCCAUGAGUUCGAGAGCUAGUAACCUGGAAACAGUAGUAUUAAUUCGUGAUAAAAUCAACAGGGCGAUACAGCCCUGUGGAUCUGUUCCUUGUUGGAUAUAAGCUGGCACUCCUAUUGCAGUGUCAGCAUCAGUGGACUCGAACGCCAUUAUGGCGUUAUCCUUGUGCCACCUUUGUAACAAGUAGUUCGUUCUUGUUCUUGAACCGUGUGUUGUAGUUGGCCCUUGGCCGCAUGCUACCGGCUCUGUACGGCUGUGCCUACAAAGUUGUGGUGGAACAUGCAGACUCAUAAUAAAGCAUGCUUGGGCUCUUGUGAU